CGUGGAUUAGAAAGUGUUGCAUUAGAUGAAUCACAUGAAAAAUUAUUGAAAAAAGAAUUGGAAACAUUUGUGAAUGAUAAAAGUUUUUAUGAAAGAAUUGGAAUGCCUUAUAGACGUGGUAUUUUAUUAUAUGGUAAACCAGGAACUGGAAAAACUAGUUUAAUAAAUGCCAUUUCUUCCCAAUUAUCUCGUGAUAUUUAUUAUUUAAAUCUUAAAAAUAUUAAGGAUGAUACUGAAUUAAGUGCUGCAUUUAGUGAUGUUCCAGGAAAUCAAAUUAUUGUACUUGAAGAUGUUGACACACAAUCAAAAGUUCUUCAUAGGCAUGGUAAAACAGAUGGUAAACCAGAUGAUAAUAAAGCUAAAAUUGAUAAAUUUGCUGAUUUUAGUUUAUCAACUUUUUUGGGAUGUUUGGAUGGUCAUAUUUUAGCUGAAGGAAAUAUAAUUAUCAUGACAACAAAUCAUGUUGAACAUCUUGAUCCUGCUUGUAUUCGUCCUGGUCGUAUGGACGUGCAACUUAAUCUUGGUUAUUGCACUCACUAUCAAAUUAAAAAAAUGUAU